CUGCCGGACACUGACAGCUCCAUCGCUCCCUCCCUCGGCUCAUCCCCGAGUGCCCACUUCCCUCCUCCCCUCGCUCGGAGCAGCAUCCUUGGUCCUCACUCCUGGGGUCGUCCUGCUCCCGCGGCUCCGUCCUGCCUCCAGCCGGGCUGCCGUCGGGUCUCGGCACCCUCUCGUCCCCUCUCGCCUAACCAUGACCGAAAUGAGCGAGAAGGAGAACGAACCGGAUGACGCGACCACCCACACCCCCCCGGGGACCGUCUCUGCCCUCCAGGAAACCAAGCUCCAGAGGUUCAAGCGCUCACUUUCCCUCAAGAACAUCCUCCGAAGUAAGAGCAUGGAGAACUUCUUCUUUCGCUCGGGGUCUGAGCUCAAAUGCCCCACCGAGGUGCUGCUGACGCCCCCGACCCCGCUGCCGCCUCCCUCCCCACCACCAGCAUCUGCAGACAGGGGCCUACCCACCCCAGCCCUGUCCCCCUGCCCGACCCCACGCCCCCUGGCACCACUCAAACCAGUGAGGCUGCACAGCUUCCAGGAACACGUCUUCAAGCGAGCCAGCCCCUGUGAGCUGUGCCACCAGUUCAUUGUGGGAAACUCCAAGCAGGGUUUGCGGUGUAAGACAUGCAAAGUCAGCGUCCACCUCUGGUGCUCCGAGGAGAUCUCCCACCAGCAAUGCCCAGGCAAGACGUCCUCCUCCUUCCGCCGCAACUUCAGCUCCCCACUCCUGGUGCAUGAGCCGCCACCAGCCUGUGCCAUGAGCAAGGAGUCCCCACCCACUGUAGGGGCCAGCGGGAAGGUGGACCCCGUCUAUGAGACCCUGCGCUAUGGAACCUCCUUGGCCCUGAUGAACCGCUCCAGCUUCAGCAGCAACUCUGAGUCCCCCACACGGAGCUUGAGCGAGCGGGAUGAGCUGAUUGAGGACGGGGAAGGCAGCAUCCGCAGCUCAGAGGAGGGCCCUGGCGACAGCGUAUUCACAGCCCCGGCCGAGAGCGACGGGUCAGGACCAGAGGAGAAGAGCCCUGGACAGCAGGCCCCCAGGCCCCUUCUACGGAAGGAUGUGGGGCCCAUGUACUCCUACGUCGCGCUCUACAAGUUUCUGCCCCAGGAAAACAACGACCUGGCUUUGCAGCCUGGAGACCGGAUCAUGCUGGUGGAUGACUCUAACGAGGACUGGUGGAAGGGCAAGAUCGGCGACCAGGUUGGCUUCUUCCCAGCCAAUUUUGUGCAGCGGGUGAGGCCAGGCGAGAACGUUUGGCGCUGCUGCCAACCCUUCUCCGGGAACAAGGAACAGGGCUACAUGAGCCUCAAGGAGAGCCAGAUCUGUGUGGGCGUGGGCAGGAGCAAGGAUGCUGAUGGCUUCAUCCGCGUCAGCAGCGGCAAGAAGCGGGGUCUGGUGCCAGCCAACGUCCUGACCGAGAUCUGAGAAGAGCCAAGAGAACCCAGAAGCCACCCCUGCCUGUGCCCGGCCCUUGCUUCUGGCCCCAGGAGGGGAGCAGGCAUCUGCCCACAAUCUCUCUCCCUCUGCCCUUCUCCUAGGGGCCAGUCACCAUGGCUUGGGAGGCUUCUGCCCUGAGGAGGGUUUUAUUUCAUGGGUCCUGGGGUGCCCUGAGGAGGCUGCUCUGAGACUUGGAGGUGGGGAGGAGGAGAAAGUGGGAGGGGAUGGGAAAGCUCCAGGUGGGUCCCCCUGGUGCCCAGGCACUCCCAAAGCCAGUUGCCAUGCUGAGUCCAGCCCUGAGAGGAAGUUCCUGGGGAACUUCCCUGCUGUCUCUUCCAGAGACCUUCCCCUGCCCACAGCAUCUUUGCCUGCCUGACAGCGCCCCUCUCCUCACAGAGCCUCUGCUUGGGUCUUUGUGUGUGUGCCCCUGCAGCUGCCCCUUUGGAAGUGGGGCCUUGGGAAGGUGCCUUCCCGGGUCCCUUAGCCCCAGCUCUGGGUAGGGAGGGAAUUCAGGGCUGCAGGAGGAUCCUGGUCUCACCACCUCUGUCACUCCAUCAAUUCUCAGGAAAGUUCUGCGGUUAUCUCUCCCAUUACUUGAAACCUGGGUGGACAGAGGAGGGGAGGGCUGAGGUCUGGGGAAGUUGUGGUAAAUCAGAGACUGUCCCCUCGAGUAGCACAGUCACCGCAGGGCAGCCUCAUCCCACCCUUGUGCACCGGGAAAGGGCACCCAAGAGCGGCCUGGACACAGAAACCCGAUCAAGAACAAAAGACUGGCCCACGCCUGCUCAGAAUAACCCCCAGUUCAGUGUCAGGACUCUAAAAGCUCAGUUCCUGCCCCAGGCCUCUCCAGGCCCACCCCAGGAGCCCAACCUUCAGGGGUUACCCCGCAGUGACCCUCCCUCACCCCCUCUCUCCAGGCUCUGCAGGGGACAGGGCUGCCGUUGCAGGGGUCCCUUUUCUGGUUGCAUCUGCUCCCUUGUCCAGGACACAGAGCCCUGGGAGGAAGAGGGAGUGGGAG